CUCACUCUUUCCUUCAAAGAGCUCUCUUCGAUCGAGAGCUUUCGUUUUCUUCAUCUCUAGGGUUUAUCUUCUACAGACAAUUUGGCCAUUGUAGACUUUCGCCAUGCCGCAGGGAGAUUACAUAGAGCUUCACAGGAAGCGACAUGGUUACCGCCAUGAUCACUUUGAGCGGAAACGCAAGAAGGAGGCCCGUGAAGUGCACAAACGAUCUGCUAUGGCACAGAAGGCUCUGGGUAUUAAGGGCAAGAUGUUCGCGAAGAAACGAUAUGCGGAGAAAGCUCUGAUGAAAAAAACAUUGGCUAUGCAUGAGGAGUCUUCAAGUAGACGCAAGGUUGAUGAUGAUGUUCAUGAAGGUGCUCUUCCUGCCUAUCUAUUGGAUCGUGAAAAUACAGCUCGGGCAAAAGUUCUUAGCAACACCAUUAAGCAAAAGAGGAAAGAAAAAGCUGGAAAGUGGGAAGUCCCCCUGCCCAAGGUCAGGCCUGUUGCUGAGGAUGAAAUGUUUAAAGUGAUAAGAACUGGUAAAAGAAAAACCAAGCAAUGGAAGAGGAUGGUCACAAAAGCUACAUUUGUUGGGGCAGGUUUUACAAGAAAACCUCCCAAGUACGAGCGGUUUAUCCGCCCAUCAGGGCUUCGAUUUACAAAAGCACAUGUAACACAUCCUGAACUUAAAUGCACUUUCAAUCUCGAGAUCAUUGGAGUGAAGAAAAAUCCGAAUGGGCCAAUGUAUACAUCUCUUGGUGUCAUAACCAAGGGAGCUAUUAUUGAGGUGAAUGUGAGUGAACUGGGUUUGGUUACACCAGCAGGGAAAGUAGUAUGGGGGAAGUAUGCUCAGGUGACCAAUAAUCCGGAGAAUGACGGCUGUAUAAAUGCUGUUCUGCUUGUCUAAACAAACUGAUGAUGGGAAAGAGAUUAAAUUAAACUUGGAGCAGAGGUAGCAUUCUUUUUGAAGAGAUAGCAUGAACUUUUUUUUUUGGACCACCUUCCUGGGUAUUAUUUCUAUUUGCUGACAUGUAACCACAAAUGUAUUCUUAUUUAAAUAUAUAUUUUUCAUGCGGAUUUUGUCCCUGCAAAUUGAUAUAUAAACAUAUCUAUAUAUACUUAGGAGAAGAAUUUUCGGUUAACAAA